AUGCGCUGCUGCAGCGGCGGCGGCAGCAGCGUCUGCAGCAGCAGCCGCAGCCGCAGCAGCAGCAGCAGCAGCAGCACUCGCAGCAGAGCCAGCCCCACCGACCCCCAGGGAGAUGUAGCAGCAGCAGCUGUUGUUGUUGGCCGUUUGCAUCCGUUGCUCUUUCUAGUGAGUCUUCUGCCUCUUUCUGCGCCUGUCUGCAGCAGCAGCAGUAGCAGUAGCAGCAGCAGCAGCAGCAGCAGCAGCAGGGCGCUGUGCGCGGACGAAGGAGAAGCACCAGCAAGUGCUGCAGCUGCUGCAGAAGAAAACCAGAGACCAAGCAGCAGCAAUAGCUGGAAACCCCUGCUGCUGCCUACAGCGGAGCAGCAGCAGGGGCAACAAAACAAGCAGGAGCAGCAAACUGCAGCAGCAGCUGCCUUCAGCCCUAUUGUCACUUCCUCGGACUCGAGAGCAUCUUCAGCUGCAGCUGCAGCAGCAGCAGCAGCACUAGCAGCAACAGAAGCAGCACCAAUUUUGGCUUUGGUGUGGGUCUUACUGUGGUUCGCCUGCAGUAUUUCCCGCAGCAGCAGCACUAGCAGCAGCAACAGCAGCAGCAAGCAGCAGUAG